ACCAUGUCUUGAAAAGAAGGUCAGAAAUUGAAAAGAGGGUCUUAUUUUUCCUUUGGUACUGUAGAGACAGGUUGAAAUCCCGCCCACCCAAAUACAUAGACAUUUUGGAUCUAACCAUAGUCCUCACUCCUGUGCCUAAUGGCAGACAAUGACACGAGGGACCCUCCUCCACCAUACUACUCUGUGGCAGUGGACCCACAGACCCCUCCUAUGACCUACGAGGAGGUGAUUUAUGGGGACAAAUAUGGGGUCACACAGAAAACUGUGCCAUACUAUGUUCAGAAGGAUCUGGCUCAAGUACAAGUAUCAGCCGUCAUCGUCACACAGCGAGUUGUCCCUCCUCCAAAAAGUCCGGAGUCUUGUGGACGGAGUGCCAAGUGUUGGGGUGGAUGGAUAGGUGUGCUGUUGCUGUUGGCUCUCAUUGUAAUGGCCAUCUGGCUUGGAGUGCAUUAUGGAUCCAAGUCAUAUUCCGGCCAUUAUGACAGCGAUUGCAAGGGAAAAGAUUGCAAGGAACAAGACAGCCAUGAGAAGCAUGACGACAUGAAGAAUUCUGACACCUGCUCCAACUCCUCUGUGCAAUGUGACGGCAUCCAAAACUGCCAACAGGCCAGCGAUGAGACAAACUGCGUGAGAUUUGCUGAAGGUGGAGUGUUGCAGGUCAGAACUCGGGAUGGUCCAUUCCUUCCUGUGUGUUAUCAGGGCAUGGAUAAGAGUUAUGCUGACCAGAUCUGUGAACAACUGGGCUUUAGAGGGUCUUAUGCAUCAAGUCCAGUGGAUAGCAAGACGUCCAUAGCCCUUACUGUAGAACAUAGAUCAGACAAACUUAUACAGGGUCUGGUCAAUGUCAGCACUGGCUGCUUGAACGAGAAAACAGUCUCACUUGAAUGCACAGACUGUGGCAAGCAGCAAAGUGCCUCCAGGAUCAUAGGGGGCACCGCCUCUCAGCUUGGUCAGUGGCCUUGGCAAGUUAGCCUGCAUUAUAAUGGAGGCCAUGUUUGUGGUGGAUCACUCAUCUCUCCGGACUUUGUUGUGUCAGCUGCCCAUUGCUUCCAAAGCUCAAUGGCCAAUUCUGGAAAUUGGCGUGUUUAUUUUGGAACUAUUUCGCAGAAUACCCUUAAGAUCCCCUACUAUGUGAAGAAGAUCAUGGUGAAUGAGAAGUACAACAGUGUCAGCAAUGAUUUUGACGUUGCCUUACUGAAACUCGCCACUCCCGUGACUUUCUCCAAUAACAUACAGCCAGUUUGCCUUCCUACAUUUGACCAGACCUUUCCUGAUGGAUUAGAGUGCCGCACAUCUGGCUUUGGGACAACACAACAGGGAGCAGACCGUGGCUCUACAAGCCUCAUGGAUGUGGCAGUGAAUGUCAUUGACGCACGAGUGUGUAACAGCAGUCAGGUGUACCGUGGGGCCAUCACUAACAAUAUGAUGUGUGCCGGCGAUAUGAAUGGAGGCCGGGACUCCUGUCAGGGGGACAGUGGAGGUCCACUGGUGUGCAAGGAAGAUAAUGAACGCUGGUAUCUAGCUGGAAUUACAAGUUGGGGAGCAGGUUGUGGACAAAAACAAAAACCAGGAGUAUAUAGCAGAGUGACCAGCCUUCUGCCCUGGAUCUACAGCAAGAUGCAGCAAGAGAAGCCCUGAUGCCUUUCUUCUAUAUGGUGUGUCCAUUCCUGAGAAUUUGAACAACGACAAUGGACACAGGACAAAAGACGAAGGACAGAGUAAUGCACUUUGACAUGGGACAAUGUUGCAAUAUUGUAGCCACAAUUGGACAAAGAAAAACACUAUUGAUUCCACGUUCUCCUAUAAGAAACUAAUUAUACAACUCAACCUGGGAAAGCAGAGAUGCAGGCGUUGAGACCCAUGCAGUGCUUGUUGCUAUGCUUUCCUCAUUCUUUUCUUUGCAUUUACACUGUAAGUUCACAGCACACUGCUGAAUCUGAGCCUUUGUUGCCUCUUUAACUCUGUAUUCUUGCACUGAUUCUACAGAAAUAUUGGGAGUGUUCUACAAAUAUAUAUUUAUUAACCAAAAGGGUGUUAAUUUUGUUCGAAAAUCAGUCUAUGAUCUAAGAUAAAAUGAGAUUGUUUUAGCCUGUGUGAAGGGUCCGUCCUUUUUCUCUAUGAUUCAUAUUGUUUCUUUAUAAAUCAUGCUAAAAGCAUAUACAUUUAGAGCUUUAUUCUUCAAGCAUGACACAGUUAAAAGAGUGCUAUAAGGUCUAAGUAGAUCAACAUUUAUGGAUAGUUUAUGGAUGUCAUCAUUUACUCACCCUCAUGUUGUUCCAAACCUGUAUGAGUUUCUUUCUUCUGUUGAACGCAAAAAGAAUGUUGGGAAUCAAACAGUUGGCCAUUGACUUCCAUAGUAGGAAAAAUAAAAUAUAUGGAAGUCUGCUGUCAACUGUUUGAUUACCAACAUUUCUUGUGUGUUUAACAGAAGAAAGAAAUUCAUACACGUUUGGAACAACUUGAGUAAAUGAUGACAGAAUUUUCAUUUUUGGGUGAACUAUCCCUUUAACAUUUGCCAACCAUUUUAGGAUAUGUUAAACAACUUAUAGAGUAACAUCAAGUGUAGCAAUUAAACUAAACUUUUUUUUUGUCAAAUUUAGCUGUUUUGAAUUGAAACUAUAACAUACUAUAACCUUACCAUGGUUUUCAGCACAUUAAGUAUAAGAUUACAAGUGAAUGUGUGUACAUGAAUGGAUUUAAUGAACCCUUGAAAUACCUUUUUCAAUACCUUUUUUUGUAGCCAAGAUGUGUCUGACUUUCAAAAAUAAAUCCACGUUGAGAGGACAA